AUGGCAAAUUACACACCGGCAGAUGUGGUUAAAGGAUUAUUAAACCGUUACGGAACCGGUUAUCGAGAAAAAGAUGAUGAAUUUUUCAGUGAAGGUAAUUUCUAUUUGAAAAAGUUUGUCCGGCUCGGUGUGCUUAGCGAAAUUGAUUCGAAGGAUAGCGAUCAAUCGGAAGAACCGGCAGUGGUUUGUAAUAUUCCGAACUGCAAAUACAGUUCCACCUCCGUGCAGGACUAUGAGGCUCACUAUAAUGCCCAGCACCGGUACUCGUGUCGGGAGUGUAAAAAGACACUACCGAGCGCUCACCUUUUGGAUUUGCAUCUAUCGGAAACGCACGAUUUCUAUUUUGCUGCACAGGUUCAAGCUGGUAGGAAACCAAUGUAUGCUUGCUUCCUAGAGGAGUGCUCUCAACGUAGUAAAGAUCCGGCGGAGCGACGUGACCACUGCAUCAAGGAGCACAAAUUUCCUCAUAAUUUUCGUUUCGAUAAGCAAGUGCCAUCGCAGAACAGGUCCAAACAGCGUUCGUCGGUGGUUGAGUCGGUUUCUUCCGAAAUGGAAGUUGAUGUAGCAUCAAGUUUGGACAAAGUAGUUGCUCCGAAAUGCACGAAAAAUUUCAACUUUGGCCACUCCAAAGUAAGAUCCUUUAAAUCUCAAAAAGCUCAUAAGAAGACUGAUAUUUUAGAAAGCAAUAAAAUGGUGGUAGAUCUGUUGGAAAGUUUACCGAAGGAUUAGAAAGUAAUCUACUAUUUAAGUGGCGA